AUGACUCAAAAGACCCCCGUAACAGUUCUAAUUAACUUUUGCUCGGAGAAAAAAAUACCGAAUCCUAUAUUGAACUUAAUUCAGAACGGGACGGGCACCAGGAACCCAAUCUUUAAGUAUGAACUACGUCUAAAUAUAAGCAAAACUGAAAUAAGAGUUAUUGGUUCUGGAAAAUCUAAACACGAUGCCAAACAAGAUGCGGCAAGGUCGGCGCUUAAAAAACUAUCUGAUAUGAACUUAAUUGAGGAUAAGGAAACCGUUGAAGGGCAGCCAUCCAUUACCAUUCCUGUAGCGGUAAGAAAGCUCAGUCAAUUUUGUGAUGAUAAAGAUUUACCGAUGCCCGUGUAUAGUUUAGUAGAAGAAACUGGGCCAGCUCAUGCUAAACAAUACACUAUGGAAUGCACUGUUUCCACUUUUAGGGAAAGAGCGACUGCUUCCUCAAAACAAGCUGCGAAACAUAUAUCUUCCGAGGCGGUCUUUAAUAUUUUACAAAAAAUUGAUUUUGAAGACCAUAUUAAAAAGCAUGUUAAAGUAGAACCUAUUAAUGCAGCAAUGAUUCCUAAAAUCAUGAAGUUGAGGGCAAAACUCUAUGCGCCAAUCGAUUAG